AUGGGGUCUACCGAAUUUGGAAACUUUCAUGACUUUUGCAGAGAUUCUACUCUCCCAGUUUGCAAUCUUCUGUCUCCCAAAAACGACCAGAAUGGUGAAUGGGGAGGAUGUGAGCUCAAGGGUAUCUCUCUGAGCGGGGGACGACACCUCGGAAACUUGGGUUCUAUUCUCCUUGCCGGCAUUGCCAUUGCUACUGCCGGCUUUCUCCUGCUGCGAUCAGAGAAGAAGCGAGCAGCUGUUGGCCGAAGGGAGAUGCAAUUAUUCCUCACCGGCUACAUCAUCAUCAGCAUAUGCGAGAUCUUUUCCGUCGGAGAGUUUCCUCUGAACAGCACUGUUAGAGUUGCCUUCUCCGCUAUCCACAUCGGCAUGAUCAUUGCCACCUGUUGGAUUCUAAUGCUCAAUGCUGUAGUAGGCUACCAGAUCAUCGAUGACGGUACUCCUCUCUCGAUCGCUCUUAUUGUCAUCUCGGCUGGCGUUUUACUCGUCGGAACUGGCUAUAUCGCCCUCGACACUGGCCUCUCGUGGACUGGCUAUUGGGACUCGAGCCACGACGGUCCUAAAAACCGAAACAUCGCCCUUUAUGUCCUUUAUCAGCUUGUUCCUCUGAUCUUCCUCGUCGCCUACUUUGUCCUCGAGGCCAUCCUGGUUGUCCGAAUUCUCGGCGAGACGCGCCCUAUGAUUUACCUUGCCGCUGCCGGGCUCCUUUUUGCCAUCGGACAAGUCUUCAACUACGCUGUCAGCAAGUACAUCUGCGACGGCACAAGCGGAAAGAUCGACGGCGCUCUUUUCCAAACGCUCUUCACUCUGCUUUCAGUCAUCAUGGUCUGGGUCUUCUGGUCCAGCAUCACGGAAGACGACUGGCCGAUGCCUGUCACCAACACCUACCCUUAA